AUGGAUAGACACGAACCAUCAUCUAUUGACACAAUGACGUAUUUAAAUAAUGUCAAUAUUGUUGGUGUUGCUGAUCAGAGUUGGAAUGCCAAUAGAAAUGAACAAGUUGAGAGUAUUUAUUCUGACUUGCCAAGUUUGCGAAACUCUCCGUAUCACAAUGAAGAUAUUUCAAGCAUUUUUAAUAACGUCGUAGAGUAUGACACAAGUAAACACGAAUCAGAAACCUUCGAAUUCCAACCUGUUCGUGAUCUUAAGAAAUCUACAUCAACUUUAUUCUCAUCUAGCUCUGAUUCUGAAGACUCGACUGCAAGUAAGUCGAUUUUGACACAAGGGAACGUUUCCACAUUAGAACAAGACAACUAUGUCGUUUCUCUUGUGUCUGAAUUCCAGCUCCAUUUACCAGCCAAUAAUAACUCGCAACCAGAAAUAUCUGAAUUAGUUUUACCAAAAUCCAUCGAAAAUAGUGCAAAUGUAGAUGGCAAAUAUUUAAAAUCAGACUGUGAAGAUUUUUCACCAGAUGACAGUGGUGAUGAAUAUCGGCCAGCAAAACGCACUCGCAAAAUGUCUUCAUCUAGUUCAAUCAGUUCCUCUUCAUCGUCAUCAAGCUCAUCAUCAAGCAAGUCCACUUCUUUUCACUCUACUACACGCAGCUCCAACUUAAUGCAAUCUGGCGAGACUCUCGAGGUUAUAUCACAGCAAAAUAAUCAUUCCAGUAACAGUGUGAUGCCAAAUGAUGGAUCACCCCAAAAUACAGAUAAUAUUGUUCAAUCUCCUAAUAAAAUAAAAAGAAAAGGAACUUUACGCACUGUGAUCGAGGCUAAAACAAGUGAAGGCUUUCUAGGUAGUGCACCAAUGGAUAGUCGUGGCAAGCAUGAUCAUCAUAUUAAAACUGAUCCAGAAGUCUUGGACUCCGUUAGAGUUCAUAUAAACUCCAUAGCUAGGAUUGACAGUCAUUAUCUCCUUGCAAACACGAGUCGAGAAUACAUUGAUGGUGGUCUCACACUAGCUGAUUUACAUCGUGACUACAAAAACAUGAGAGAAUCCGAUAACAAAACUGCUGCAAACUACGAUUUAUACUGCUGA